AUGACUGUUUACAGUGGCAGGCUUCAACCGGAGCAUUCUUCAAAAAACGUUUCUGCAAAUUAUGCUAUCACGCCCGGAAAUGAGAUUUUGGCCGUGCGGUUUCGUAACUUUAACAGCAAGCCAUGGAUUUUGGGAAGUUUCAGCAAUGGAAUGAUUACAGAUCCUCGAUGGAAAUGUUUCAGUUUUCCAAAAGAUGAGCACUUUAAUGGAAACCCAUGGACUAAACUCGAGUUCAAUGAUAACCAUUGGGCCAAGGCCGUCGCGGGGUUCUCAAACCAGGGAGAAAGUCCAGUAGGAAAAGUGAUGGGCAUUAAUGAUGACGCUCUUUGGAUAUCAACGGCUGAAGAUAACCCGAGGUUGUUUUGCAGGCGUAAUCUGUCUGAUGACGCCACAUUACCCUUGACAUCCAUCCAAGAAAUCUCGAGGGGUAUGUCUGAAUACAUUUGAUAGUUACUACAUCAUCUAAAUUGUUCAGUAUAAAGUCGCUGGUGGUAAUUUUGUUGAAACGGAACCAAUAUUAACCACUCAAUUAGCCUAAUUUAGAUGGCUCUUAUGCAAGAGAUAAGCUCAUUCUCUGUUGGCGUUGAGUACUAUAUAAGUUAUUUGUACGAUUCAUUCAACAGAUACUUUUCAGACCAAACUCGAAGGUGUAGACUACGCCCUCCUCGACCAGCCUCUUUCUCAACACCACGUCAGUGACGUCAUAGAGUGUUUUAGGAAAUGCUGCGAUGACUCUCAGUGCCUCUCCUUCAACUUUGAGUACACGUCGGCAUUACCCACAAGGAAGUGCGAGCUUCAUGCCAUUACCAAAAACCAGGAUCAUAAGGAUUACGUCAUG